AAAAAAAGAGCUCGUUUAGGUGAAUUGGUCGAAAGGGAGUAUUUGGAAAUGCUUAAUGCUUAUUAUCUUGAAGAUAUUGAUUUGGUAUAUCCUGAGAAUUUAAAAUUUGAAAAUAUUGUUAAUCUCUGUGGUGAUGAUUGUGCUCAAUAUCUCGGCGUUAAGAUCUAUAAGAAUUUCUUUGAUACUCUUUUAUAG